AUGAGUGACGCAAGGACACCACAGGACUAGAAAGAGAGCAGGCACGCAGAAUGCACUGACAUUUCAGGAACACAGUGAUCUGACUGACCAACACAAGAGAGAAACCUCAGAAGAUUGAUACUGAAGGAGAAAGACCAGAGAUCUAGGUACAUCAAGACUCUGCUGGUUGAAUAGAAUGGAUUAUGCCAAGAAGUCUCUCAAUCUGUUCUCACCUUCUCUAUCCAAUAUAUCUAACAGAUGUGCAGCAGCCAGUGCAUCUGUCCUGCCCAGUUUUAACCCACGCCCCAGACCGUUCCGGGUCACCAACUCAGACCGCUCUGUAAAAAAAGGCAUUAUGGCAGAUGGACUGAGAGAUUUACUGAACAAGACGAUGGAUGCGUUCAGUGUGCCCUGCGUGGCAGGCCUGGUGCUAGAUGAGGAUGGGACAGGAGUCGACACAGAAGACUUUUUCCAGACCCUCAAGGAUAGCACUGUGCUAAUGGUCUUGGAGAAAGGACAGAAGUGGACACCUCAACAGAGUAGUCAGUUAUGGGGUCAAGCUGCAGAGCGCAAGACACAGCAUAGAAAGGACCUGGCCAAACUGACCCUUGACUUUUACAAAAACCAUCCAAAGGAAUUCAUUGGCUGCCUGAAUGUACAGAUGACUCUUUAUGGGAUGUACUCUUUGUCAUAUGACCUGCAGUGCUACCAUGCUAAGAGAAUGUUGAGGGAGGCUCUAAGAUGGACUCUGUUCAGCAUGCAGGCCACUGGCCAUGUUUUACUGGGUACUUCAUACUAUAUGCAACAUCUUAUUGAUGAGGAUGAGAAAGCUGAGGCACAGCUGACUGCUUCCAGAAACACAAACAAACCAUUACAGGCCAUCCAGUGGAAGAAAACAACAGCUGACCACAGAAACUAGAAAUCUGGGAGUUUGAAAGCUUUGUUUUUGCCCAAGCAAAUGGCUUGGAAACCAUUGUGGCGUCAUGUUACCUAUGUUACUGGACUAUAAUCACAGAACCAUAAAUACCAUACUUUCUUUCAGAACAAAGGUUUUUGCUAUGAGAGUAACCAGGAAUCCACUCUACUUGUUAUAUUUUGCUAUUUGCACAUAUUAGUUUUAGUUACAUAGAUGUGUCCGUCUAACAAUGGAGUUAUUAAUAUUUAUUCAUAUUUGUAUCUGCUAAGAAUUACUCACAUUUUGUAUUGAUACUGAUUGUUGUACCUAUUGUAUUAUUUCCAUGAACUUGAAUUAAAUAUUGAGUUUUAAAGCUUC